AUGACGACCAUGAAUACCAAAAUCGCAGUCGGGGUGAUGGAAUCGAUUAAGGAAAUUUAUUUACGUCAUGAACUUGAAGAUUUUGUCGUUAAAAUCGAAGAUACUGAAAUCAAGUGUCAUCGCUUCAUUCUUUCAUGUUCCAAAUAUUUCUGUGAACAUUUCCGGUCAGGUAUAAAGGAAGUGACGGAUGGCCGUGACCCUUUACGUGGUAUUUCUUGUGACACUUUCAAGCUAAUCCUAGAGGCCCUGUACACUGGAAUAAACGUCGUAACUAAAGAUAAUGCCAUUGCCAUCUGGUUUGCCUCAAUUCAGUUACAGAUUGACUUUAUGAUUGAGUUAUGUGAAAAGAUGGUGGUUAAGAUGUUGUCAUUGGACAAUUUUGAAGAAAUCUACAGAAACGCUAAGCUCAUUAAUUCAAAACAAAUUAUAGGAGCUAUUCCAAAUUUUGUGAAGAUGCAUUUUGUACAGGUAAGAAGAAUGAAAACAUUUUAUGAACUUCCCUACAGACAAUUUCUUAAUAUUGUAAGGGAUCAAAAACUUGUGGCAGAAUGUGAAGACCUUGUCUUGGAAUCAAUUAUGGAAUGGGUAGAAUACCCUGAC